GUGGCAACAUUUCAAAUGAUUCCCUUGGUUGAUACCUAUCCAAAGUGUUUUGCCUUUGGUUAAGAGAUAAUAUACUAGAGUUUCUCUUCACCACUUUGUCUCAUCAAUGAUUGCAGAGAAGUGACAAACAGCAUCAAUAGUAGAAGACUUUCAUUCACCUCUGUCAGCAUGUCAUUAAAGAGUAAAAGACCACUGACUAGGCUCAAGAUUCUGCAGUCCAGUGUGAAAUGGCACCAGAUGGUGCAUCUAGCCGGCAGCCUAUGUGAUGUAUACUCAGGCCUCUUAAGUCAUCAAUCUAUGAUCUUGGCCAUGAACUCAAGCUUUGUGGACCCCUUAUUGCAAUUUGAAAAUCAAUUGAAGAUAAUAGAGUCAUCCUUUAAUAUGUUAGUUACCAUACCAAGUCUUGCCAAAGUAAAAAAAUUGGGGACUACUGAUGAAGAAGUUGAGGAUGUGGUGAAUUUAUACCAUAAUAUUUUUAACACAUUUGAAGACACUCUUCUGAUCUUAGUGUCUAAAGACCUCUACAAACUACAGAUCUUAAAGGAAAUUAUUGUGUGGAUGAGUGAAGAUGACUCAUACCUGCAAGAGAGAAUGAUGGUGAUCAUCAGGAGGGUGUUACACUUCGCAUCCAGGGAGGUCGUGGGACAUACAAGUGUUGAUGCUCCCUGUUUGGGUGUCCUGGCAGCAGAGCUGUGUCUUUUGUGUUCCCAUGCUGAUUCCUCAAUCACACAGCAAGCAGCACUGGGACUGUAUCACCUCCUCCACAUUGCAAAGUGUCAGACUGAGGAUAUUGAACAAAGUAAACUUCCAAGCCAUGACCAUAACUACCUCCUGCCUUCUUCUUCUGAUAUAGAACUCCUGUCCACGGGCUUUCGAGACAAAAGUAAGAUUUCUCAGAGAAUAGGACAAAGCUUACUGCCCUCCUUGCUGACUGACUUUGUGUGGAGUCUCCUGAAGAAACUCUGUAUCUUUGAUAACAAAAUUGCAACUGAGGCAGCAUCCAUAUUGAAACUGACUCUGGAAUACCAUGCCCAGAAGGUCACCAUGGUUUCUAAGAUUGUGGAUGUCAUUUACAACCAACUGUGUGAAAAUUCUGCUCACAGUAUGAAGCAUGAUAUGUUACGGGUCAUUACCUUGCUGAUACGCACUUCACCCAAGAAGAUCAUCUUUCAACUUAUGGACUACCCAGUUCCAGCAGACGACAUUCUCCUACUGAUGUGGCAGGCGGCGGGUUCUGAAGCAAAAGUGGCCCCUCACGUGCUGAAGACAAUCUUGUUGAUACUGAAAGGAAAGCCUGGGGAAAUGCAAGAAAGCACAGAAAGAAGACGUUUCUCUCUCGACGCUGCCAACAUGAUGCCCGUGGCGGCAUGUCAGGCCCUGUGCACACUGCUGCCUAUUACUGCCUACAAGAAGGCUGCGGCUCAGUGUUUCCCCCACCUCUUGAUGUCUCUCAUGCUCCAGCUCUUCUACAGCAGCGAUCUGCGACUGAUACCCAUGAACAGUCGUUUAUGUGUCCUGAAUGCCCUGAGAACUCUGCUGAAUUGUUCUGGACUGCAGCUGGUGGAUAUUGCUCUAGAGAGAAUGAACUGUUGGAGCCAGUUUUCCCAAGCACUGUUCCAAAAUCAUGGGGUCCAAAUUAUUGCCAAAGCUCUCACUGACAUUAACUUUCCACAGUUUCCAGAAACCUUGCAUUAUCUCUACAAGCUCUCGGUGGAAGGUCCUCGAAGGUCAGAAGACAGUAUCAUCACAAUACUAUUCCUCACUGAAGUGAGUUUUUACGGAGACUGUGAACAAUUGAGAUCUCAAUCCCUUACCUUAUCCAGACUCAAAUCAAGAUUCCAGCUUCUUAUCUUCCUUCUGAAUACUGGUUCUUACCAAGACUGA